AUGACUUGUAAAUCAUGCAAUCUCUCAGUCCCCUUCCAUGGAUGUCUUUUGGACUUUGGAACCUGCAGAACAAAACCUGGUCAGUAUUGUUUUAAAAAGAUUCACAUUAAAGGUGGCAUUCAAUGGUAUUCAAUUAAAGGCUGCACGGAGAGCUCGGCCCAAUGCUUCCAGAGAAGGGUAUUUGCUUAUGAAAUUCACUCUACUCACUGCUGCUCUCGUUCUAUGUGUAAUUUCUGA